AUGAGUUCGACGUACAAUCUCGAGCCGAAUCCGACCGCCAAAGUCGUCCUUCACACCACCGCGGGCGACCUUGAAAUUGAGCUCUUCGCCAAGCAGACGCCUAUUACUUCGCGCAACUUUCUGCAGCUAUGUCUCGAUGGUUAUUACGAUAACACCGUGUUUCACCGCCUAGUCAAAGGCUUUAUCCUGCAGGGAGGAGAUCCGACCGGAACUGGACAGGGUGGAGAGAGCAGUUAUGAUGGCGAGCCUUUUGCGGAUGAGUUUCAUAGCCGGCUCAAGUACACCAGGAGAGGACUGCUGGGUAUGGCAAAUACGGGCAAAAAAGAUGACAAUGGCAGUCAGUUCUUUUUCACUCUGGCCGCGACGCCAGAAUUGCAGGACAAGAACACUAUGUUUGGAAGGAUAGCAGGCGACACCAUUUACAAUCUGAUGAAGAUGGCUGAGGCCGAGAUACGGGAAGGAAGCGAAGACCAGCCAAUGUACCCGUCCAGAGUCACGGGGGCUGAGAUCAUCAUCAACCCAUUCGAGGACAUGGUUAAGAGAGUCCAGGCGCCUGCGCGAAUGGAAGAGACAAAGAAGGUCAAGAAGCCGAAGAGGAAGGCUGGCAAGAACGUGCUCAGCUUUGGAGACGAUGCAGCCGACGCCGAGGCUGCCCCAGUUGCGAAGAAGCCCAAGUUUAACACCAAGCUUGUUAGUGCAGGAGACGAAAAGCCCGUAAUAAAAGCGCCCAAGCCAGACAUAGCCAUACCCAUCCGCAAGCCUUCGAGGAAAUCACCACCAAGAUCCCCAUCGCCCAAACCCGUCCCCAAAGUCGACGCAGAACCAUCGCCCAAGCCGAAAGCUCGCACACCUCCAAGAGAACUAUCGCCAGAGUCGGAAAAGCGCGCAAAGCUCGACCGCGUAAACCAACAAAUUGCAGACCUCAAGGCGUCGAUGAAGCGCAAUACGGCAAUUCAAGACACAGGACCUACUAAGAAGAAGUCGUUAUUAGAAGCCAUGGUAUCUUCGACUACCACAAGGGGGCGAAAGCGAGGUGCAGGGGGAAACGCAAAGGACGAACAGUCAGCAUUGGAUAUUCUUUCAAAGUUCAAGUCAAAACUCGAUUCUGCAGAACCGGCAGCAGCCUCGAAGAUGGAGACCCCAGCACUACCAGAAGACAGCACAAAUGGCAACGCCAGUGGCGAUGCAAACGGAGCGGACGACGAGGAGGGUGCGUGUGACUUGCAUUUCAUAGUAGGUUGUCAGUCGUGUAAAGCCUGGGACAAGCAAGAGGAAGAAGAGUCGGAUGACGAUGCUGGGUGGAUGUCGCAUUCUCUCACUUUUGCAAAGGAUAGGUUAGGCAAAGAUCUUGAGUGGAAACGGAAGAAUGAAGAGGAACUGCUUGUUAUUGAUCCGCGGGAGGAAGCAAAACGACACAAGGCUGAAGGCAAGGGGAAGAGGGAGUGGGAUGGGAAGAAGCUGAAGGGUUGA